AAAGCGUCGAGCGAGACAGAGCAAAGCUGUCGGCCUAAUCGCUAAUCUCUCCCGUUAAUACGGUCAACCUGUAUGCACGGUAAAUAUUAAUGACUUAGGUAAGGCUGUGGACUUUCUCCGAUAUUUCUGUUGCGCGUUUAUUUGGCUAUCAUGCCCUUGCCCGUGCCCGUCGACGACCCGGCCUCGCAGAGGCUGUCGCUGGACUGUCGUACGCUUCUCGACCACCGUGUUGGAAAGGGGGUGUGCGGUUGUUGCGGGGCUCUCCGGCCUCGCUACAAGAGGCUGGUGGACAACAUCUUCCCGGAAGACCCGGAGGAUGGGCUUGUGAAGGCCAAUAUGGAGAAACUGACUUUCUACGCCCUGUCGGCUCCGGAGAAGCUGGACCGUAUCGGGGCGUACCUGUCGGAGCGCUUGUCAAGGGACGUGGCACGGCACAGAUAUGGUUACGUUUGCAUUGCUAUGGAAGCGUUGGACCAGCUGUUAAUGGCCUGCCACUGCCAGAGCAUCAACCUGUUCGUGGAGAGCUUCCUCAAGAUGGUUCGCAAGCUGCUGGAAUCUGACAAACCCAGUUUGCAGAUCCUAGGAACCAACUCUUUUGUCAAGUUUGCCAACAUUGAGGAGGACACGCCGUCCUACCACCGCAGUUACGACUUCUUCGUGUCGCGCUUCAGUGAGAUGUGCCACUCGGGUUACGAGGACCCCGACAUCCGCACAAAGAUCCGGAUGGCUGGCAUCAAAGGUCUUCAGGGCGUCGUGAGAAAGACUGUGAACGACGAGCUUCAAGCUAACAUCUGGGACCCUCAGCACAUGGACAAGAUCGUGCCGUCGCUGCUGUUUAACUUGCAGAGUAGCGAGCGUGCAGAGAGUCGGUCCCCCUCUCCACUGCAGGCAUCAGACAAGGAGAAAGAGAGCCCCGUGGAGCUGACGGAGCGCUGCUUCAGGGAACUGCUGGGCCGAGCCGCCUAUGGAAACAUUAAGAACGCUGUCACUCCAGUGCUCAUGCACCUCGACAAUCACUCUCUAUGGCAGGGAAAGAGCUUUGCUGUGCGGUGCUUUAAAAUCAUCAUGUAUUCAAUUCAGUCUCAGCACUCCCACUUGGUCAUCCAGCAACUUCUCGGUCAUCUGGACGCCAACAGCAAAAACUCUGCUACAAUCCGAGCUGGAAUAGUUGAAGUUUUGCUAGAAGCGGCAGCCAUCGCGGCCAGCGGCUCCGUAGGUCCCACCGUGCUGGAAGUGUUCAACACGUUACUCCGCCAGCUCCGUCUCAGCGUCGACUACGAGCUAACCGGCUCCUACGACGGCAGCACCAACAUCGGCACCAAGAUUAUCAAAGCUCACGAGGAACGGCAGCUGCAAGAAGCCGUCAUUCGAACCAUCGGUUCAUUUGCAAACACUUUACCGACCUAUCAGAGGUCUGAAGUCAUGCUCUUCAUUAUGGGAAAGAUUCCCGUUCCUGGUGUUCACCCAUUGCUACCUUCUUCAGGUUCCGGGCCUGAGGGUACCAGGAUGAUUCAGGUUAUGCUACUAAAGUCCUUAGUACAGGUGACGGCAGGUUUCCAGACCACCAACAUGCUAACAGCUCUUCCUAGCUCCUUCCUGGAGCCUCUACUCUCCUUCUCCCUAACCGAAAACCCUGAAGUUCGGCUUUUGGUGCUCCAAAUCCUGCUCAGUCUCAUCGACAGGCAUGAAAACCGGCCUAAAUUCUCCAACAUAAGCAUUAUCACUGACAUUUCCGUGCUGAAACUCAAAGUGGACAAGUGCUCCAGACAGGACAACCUGUUCAUGAAAAAGCAUGGACAGCAGUUGUAUCGACACAUCUACUUGGGAUGUAAAGAGCAGAGCAGCAGCCGUGAACACUACGAGAGUCUCUUCGCUCUGCUUGGUCUUCUCAGCGUGGAACUCGCCAAUGAAGAAGUGGUCGUAGACCUUAUUCGCUUGGCGCUAGCGCUGCAGGACCUGGCUCUGUGUACUGAUGAAGCGCUCCCCGUUUACAACCGUUGUGCAGUUCAUGCGCUUGCUGCCGCUUACCUCAACCUCAUCUGCCAGCUUACUACUGUUCCUGCCUUCUGCCAACACAUACACGAGGUGAUUGAAGUGAGACAGAAAGAAACUCCUUACCUGUUGCCCGAGGACGUCUUUAUCGACGUGCCCAAGCUCCCAUCCUCGCUCGACAAGGUAGAAGGCGACGUGUUGUUCCUCCAGUCCAAGAUCACGGAAGUCCUCGGAGGCAGCGGUUAUAACACGGAUCGACUGGUGACCCCCUAUGUCCCUCAGUACACCGACGAGGACCGUCUCUCGAAGAGAAAGAGCAUCGGGGAGACGAUCUCACUCCAAGUCGAAGUUGAAUCUCGGAACAGUCCGGAGAAAGAAGAGCGGACCCCAGCUGAGGAGAUCACCUUCGAAACACUCAAAAACGCUAUCGUGGACAGCGUAGGCAUGGAGGAGCAGGAGAGGGAGCGUAGGAGGCAAGUGGUGGAAAAGUUCCAGAAAGCUCCCUUCGAGGAGAUCGCUGCCCACUGCGGCGCUCGGGCCACCCUGCUGCAAAGCAAACUCAACCAGAUCUUUGAGAUUACAAUCAGGCCGCCGCCCAGCCCGUCAGGAACCAUUUCGUCCGGGUAUGGCCAGAACCAGACCCGCUCUGUCCCCAUCUACGAGAUGAAGUUUCCCGACUUGUGCGUGUAUUGAGACUGUGAAGUGAACUUUUCAUUUUCUCCUUGAGGGGGGAACUCCGUAACAACCGCAGACGCAGCUGCCGCAAGCCAAAAACUCAACAACAAGCCGCACUUUUCCUGUAGUCCGCUACGUAGGAAUGUUUUGGACAAUCUUUCCCGUCUUCUGCACUGAUUUUGUUAAGAAUUUUUGUCUUUGUGCUUUUCAUUUCCCCAGCAGCCGUUGUUUUAUCCCUAUUUAUGACUCUAGGAUUCAUUUUUAACAGUGUCUCUUCCCGGCUCAUCGUGAGGUAAGGGUCCCCCCUUAUAAAUGUGUACAUACAGAGAAUAUAUAAAUCUUUAAGCUCAUGUACAGUCGAGAGGUAUGCGCGCGUGUGUGGUUGUAAAUAUUGUAUAGGAACUCAAAUUUUAACUUCAGGCGUAUAUUAGUGCCCUUCGCAUAUAACCGCAGCCCUGAUCUAUCUAAAAAUAGGAAAUAUUGCGUUGUUGCCAUAGUGUCCUGACUCACGUCGUGUGGGUUGACGCCUCCGAGAUGUGGCGUCUUUCCAACUCUUUAAGCCAUUUCCAGUAUGUGCACAAAAAACAAGCAGGUAGUUUAACAGCAAAACAAAAGGCAAUAAAUAUACUCAGAGGGUAGCAGUUGUAUUUGUUCAUAUCCCUGCAUCGGAAGAUUUUUAGUCUGGCGACGUCCAACCCUGCCAACGUAAACCAUAUGAAGCGUGCCGAAGAGGAGACUGAUGGGAUUAAGUGGCCCACGACAAAUAAUUGAGGUUCUGUUGACAAGAUGACAAACGUCACAAACAAUGUUAAAGCGUCAUGAAUUGAGAGUUCGCCUGAAAAACAACAACUCUCCUUGGCAAUUCUUGUGUUUGGAUCGGAAGUACUUUCAACUCGACUUGUUUUUGUGCUUCAAGAUGGUGAAAUUGCUCGAGAUUUAAACCCUAUCGUGCUUCAAGAUGGUGAAAUUGCUCGAGAUUUAAACCCUAUCGAGCAUGUAUUUUUCCUAUUUGAAAAAGCUACCUAGCAAAAAACUCGCUUGAACAUUACCAACUCAGUAGCAGUUCUUGUUUGUAUCGUAAGUUCCUUCAAUUGAAGUUGUUUCAAGUGCUUUAAAAUAGCCUACUUUCCAGACUUAAACCCUUUCGAGCAUGUGUUUUUCCUGUGACAAAUCCAGGCAUCCCAAAAGUAAGAAUGCAUAAAUGUUUGAGUAUAAUUGUUUAACAACUCAACUGAAAGACGACUACUCUCGAAUGUUUUUAGGUCAAGCAGUCUCUAUAGACUUAAACCCUAUCAAGUACGUAUUUCCCUAAGUGAAUAAAUCGGCCAAUUCGAGUUCUUAUAGUUAUCAUAAAAUUAGGAAUGCAAAAUGUUCUAGCACAAUAAAUUAAACCUCGCCUGAGCGGCAACAACUUUUUUGUUUGGAUAAUAUGUUUCAUCAAUUCAACUUGUUUUAGGCCUGCCAAUCUCUCUAGACUUAAAACCUAUCUAGCAUGCAUUUUUCCCGUGUGCAAAACCAGCCUAAAUCAAACGUUUAAAGACAUCACAAAAUUAAGAAAGCCAAAAUGUUCUAGCAUUAUAAAUUAAAACCCGAACCAGAACUGCAACAACCUUUGUUAGCAGUUUUUGUUUAGAUCGUUUUAGGCCAAUCAAUCUCUCUCAAAUUAAACCCUAUCGAGCAUGUUUUUUCCUGUUUGAAAAAGCUGCUCAAAUGCUAAACCCUAACAUCCUAGCAAAAAACUCGCUUGAACAUUACCAACUCGGUAGCAGUUCUCGUUUGUAUCGCAAGUUCCUUCAAUUGAAGUUGUUUCAGGUGCUUUAAAAUAGCCUAUUUUUCCAGACUUAAACCCUUUCGAGCACGUAGUUUUCCUGUGACGAAAUGACCCAAAUCCAGGCAUCUCAAAAGUAAGUGCAUAAAUGUUUGAGCAUAAUUGUUUAAAAACUCAACUGAAAGACGACUACUCUCGAUUCUUUUUAGGUCAAGCAAUCUCUAUAGACUUAAACCCUAUCGAGCAUGUAUUACCCUAAGUGAAUAAAUCGGCCAAUUCGAGUUCUUAUAGUUAUCAUAAAAUUAGGAAUGCAAAACGUUCAAGCACAAUGAAUUAAAAACUCGCCUGAGCGGCUGGAUAGUACGUGUCAUCAAUUCAACUUGUUUUAGGCCAAUCAAUCUCUCUAGACCUAAACCCUAUCGAGCAUUUUCCUGCAUGGAUAAAUCGGACAAAUCGAGUUCUUAAGGUUAUCAUCAACGUAAAAAUGCAAAAUGUUCAAGCAUAAUCGAUUUUCAAAAAACUCAACUGGUGACCACUCUUGGUAGCAGUUUUUGUUUGGAUCGUAUGUGUCAUCAAUUCAAGUUGUUUCAGGCCAAUCGAUCUCUCUAGACUUAAACCCUAUCGACCAUUUUCCUGCGCGAACAAAAUCGGACAAAUCGAGUUCUUAAAGUUAUCAUUUAGGAUCGUACGUGUCAUCAAUUCAAGUUUUUUUUAGGCCAAUCAAUCUCUCCAGACUUAAACCAUAUUGAGCAUGUGUUUUUCCCAUGUGCAGAAACAGCCCAAACAAGCAUUUAAAGACAUCGUAAAAGUAUGAAUGCAAAAUUUUCUAGCAUAAUAAAAACUCAACUGAACGGCAACAACUUUAGUUUGCAGUUCUUGUUUGCAUCGUACCCGUCAUCAGUUUUUUUUUUUUUAGGCCUGUCAAUCUAUCUAGGCCUAAACCCUAUCGAGCAUGUAUUUUUUAAUGUGGAAAAAAACAGCCCAAAUCAAGCAUUUAAA